UCUCUUUACAACAACUACAAAAGAGUCUGAUAUUGCUUGAGAAAGAUCCAGAGACAGAGGGAGGAAUGGCUGGUCUGCAAAGAUCUGCAGUUUCGUUUAGGAGACAAGGGUCGUCGGGGUUUGUAUGGGACGACAGGUUCUUGACGGAGGAGAUCAACAAAGCGAACAAAAAGCUGGAAGACAAAGAAGAAGGACGAAAAGAGCAAGAGUUAGAGAAGCUGGAUGUUACAGAGGUCAAGGCACCCAGAACCGAUGGAAUAACGAUCACCAUCGAUCGCAGCCGAUCCAACGGCGGAGGGCGCGGCUACCGCACCGGGAAGGUGUCCCCGGCGAUCGAGCCGCCUUCGCCCAAGGUCUCCGCUUGUGGGUUUUGCAGCGCUUUCGGAAAGCCGGCCAAAAAGGGUCCGAGGACGAACACCGGUAAGCUUAGAUCACGGUAGAGUGUUUGGUGUGUUCUCAGGUGAUCGGAGGUGGGAUAUUCCGGUGGUCAUGGUUUUGGUACAGGAAGGGUCAAGUAAAAGUUCAUCAUCUCUAUAAAGUGAGAUGCGAGAGAGAGAGAGAGAGAGAGAGAGAGUUUUGGAAAAACAAUGGCAAUUAUGAAUGUUUUCGCUUCUAGAUUUCUUGCUUUCAUUGCUUUGUUUCUUUUAGAUUUCAGAGAUGUUUUUGUGGUCUGGGUGGAUGUAAUUAUAUAUAUGUGUAUAUAUAUUGUGGAAUUUUUUUUUUUUGUUUAGCUCGAGGAACUUUGUUCUCA